AAGGCGUGCACCGGAAGAGGCCGUCGGCGGGCCGGAAGUGGAUCGGGAACGCCCGGGCCUGCGGGAGGAGAUGAAGCCGGCGGUGGACGAAAUGUUUCCCGAGGGCGCUGGUCCCUACGUGGACCUGGACGAGGCAGGAGGCAGCACCGGGCUCCUGAUGGACUUGGCAGCCAAUGAAAAGGCAGUUCAUGCAGACUUUUUUAAUGACUUUGAAGAUCUCUUUGAUGACGACGACAUCCAGUGAGUGUGUCUGGCGCUGCGUUGGGUGACGCCUUCGUCACGCGGCGGUGUGGUGGCUUUGCUCACAGGACGGUUCUCAGGAGCCAGGGGACUUGUGGAAACCACCCGGCCUCGGGAGAUGGCCAGCUGAGCAGGAGAAGGGGCGUCUCAGCCUCUGGAUGAGGCCUCUUAACCCCUGAGCGGGACCAGCGUUUGUCCUUAACUUCAAUUAAAAAUGCUGUCAUUUU